AUGGACGCUUCCAACUUUGUGUCCGGCCUGACCGCUCCGCUCACCAACUCGAUCGAUGCGCUCAAGAUCAGCAACUUUGUCCCCACCCGAAGCGGACACCCACCGCCGGGUUCCAUGCCCGACUCUAUUCUGCCCGAGGGUGUCGCCAAACCUGCGCUGUUCCAGACCAUGACCAUGCCAUUCGCAGAGCCCGAGCAGGCAGCCAAGAUGACCUUCAAGAACCGCGUCAUUGUUUCUCCCAUGUGUCAGUAUUCCGCCAACGACGGUUUCCCUACUCCGUACCACAUUGCGCACUUGGGCUCGUUUGCGCUCCACGGUGUGGGCAGCAUUAUGGUAGAAGCAUCGAGCGUCGAGCCCGAAGGCAGAAUCACGCCUCAAGACUUGGGUAUCUGGAGCGAGCAGCAUAGGGACGCACACAAGGCACUCGUGUCGGUGCUCAAGUCGUUCACCGAUGGACUGGCUGUUGGCGUGCAGCUGGCCCACGCUGGAAGGAAGGCUUCCGAUCACUCGCCCUUCUACCGCGGAGAGAAGAAGAAGAAGUACGUGACACGCGAGGACGGAGGUUGGCCCGAAGACGUUGUUGCCCCCUCUGCGAUCGCCUACAGCGACGAUUCGAUCACUCCGCGAGCCCUCACUACGGAACAAGUCAAGAAGCUUGAAGACAAGUUCCUCCAAUCCGCAAGGUGGGCUUUCGAAGCAGGGUACGACUUUGUCGAGCUCCACGGCGCUCACGGCUAUCUCAUGCACAACUUCCUCAGCCCCCUCUCCAACCACCGCACCGACGAAUACGGAGGAAGCCUCGAGAACCGCAGCCGCUUCAUGCUCAAUGUCGCCCGCCGAAUCCGCCAAGAGUUCCCCAACAAGGGUCUCUGGGUCCGCGUCUCCUCCACCGACUGGGCCGACAAAGCGGGCAAAGGUGAUUCCUGGACCGUCGAUCAAACCGUCCAACUCGCAAAGUGGCUUCACGAGGCCAAAGUCGACCUGAUCGACGUCAGCUCCGGCGGUCUCGUUCCGUUCCAGCAGAUCACCGUGGGUGCAGGAUACCAGCUGUUCGGAGCAAAGGCCGUACGAGAUGCUCUUGUCGAGUCGGAAGCGGAUGAGACGAAACGCAUGCUCGUGGGAGCGGUGGGAAUGAUGGAGGGAUCCAACGAUUCGCCGAGCGGAGGCGACAGGAGUGAGGUGGGAAAGCUCGCCGAGCAGUCGAUCAAGAGCGGUGAAUGCGAUGCGGUGCUGCUGGCUCGUGGACUGAUGUCCUACCCGAACUGGGUUGAGGACGCCAGCGUCGCCCUGGCCGGCACAAGGGCGGCUGGCAACCCGCAGUACCACCGUGUCCACGCUGCUAAAAAGUGA